GUUGAACAGAAACAAAUAAAUGAAACAAAAAGAUUUGUACCAACAAUUAACUCUAAUCACAAUAUUGACUAGUCAAUCAUAUUAACACCGAAUUAACUGAAUAGACAGAAUAAUCUAUCAGAUUUUCACCAUAGGCUAGAGAAAGAAAGAGAGAGAAAAGACUAAUCAUUGGAGAGAGAGAGAGAAAAGAGAAACCAAUGAAAGGAGAAAAAAGUGAGCAUCGAAAUAGGAAAAGUUUCCUCCUAGAACUUUUUUCUCUUAUUCUUCUUAAAAGAAGACCAAUCACUCCUCCCAGUUCCCAGUUCUCUCUCAGACUCACUCACUCUCUCUCUCUCUCUCUCUCUCUCUCUUCAUAGGGAUGAUAUUUCACUUUUUCUAUCAUCAUCAUAAUCUAAAAACUCACUCAAUUCAAAAGUUGUCAUUUGUUCACAUCGACUUUUUAUCCAAGUGACAUGAGAAAUUAACAAGGAUUGAUUUGGAAAUUAAUUAAACUCCUAUUGUAGUUAAAUUGUUGAAUUGAUUGUUGAUUGUUUACUAAAUUUGUUCAAUUAUGUCGGUUGAUAGUGUUGUUGUUGAUAAUAACACCAAUGGUGAUGAUGGUUUAACAUCAUCAAAUAGUAACAAGGUAACAAUUGGUUUCAGUGUUUCGGAUAUUUUAAAAUUACCAACCAAUAAACGGAUCGGUGUAAAUUGUAAUUAUAAAUCAUUAAAAUCAUUAUCAUUAACCUUAUCAGCUUCAUCUUCAUCAUCUUCAUCGUCCUCAUCAUCAUCACCAUUAUCAUCUUCCUCAUCACCACCUUCAUCUUCAUCAAAUGAUAACAUUGUAAAUAAUAAAUUAAAGGAUAAAACUUUAUCCUCAUCAUCUUCAUCAUCAUCAUCAUCCGUUAAUGAAUCAAUUGAUUGUUCAUCACCAUCAACAAACAAUAAUGUUAACCAUCAAAUUAAUCAACAUAAUUUCACUUCACCGUUAUAUUAUUACACUAAUCCAUAUUCAAGAUGGCUGCCAACAACCAGUGACCAUUUAUUUUACUUAUCCUCACAUCGUUCAGGAUCGACUUCAACCUCUUCCACUUCAUCGUCGCUAUCAAGGUUAGAUACACGAUUUUUUAAUUCGAAUGGACAAAAGAGAAAACGUCGGCAUCGAACUAUUUUCACCGAGGAACAAUUAGAACAAUUAGAACACGCGUUCCAACGGACUCAUUAUCCUGAUGUCAUUUUACGUGAACAAUUGGCCGCUCAGAUUGACCUGAAAGAGGAAAGAGUUGAGGUUUGGUUCAAAAAUCGUCGAGCAAAAUGGCGGAAACAACAGAAAGAAGAUCAAGAUAAGAGGCGACAAUUAAUCUCAUCUGAUUUACUAUUUCGAUCAACAAAUCAUCAAAUUAAUCAUCAUCAUCACAAUGAACAUUUCACCGAUUGAUGUUAAUUAACUAAUUAUUGUAAUCAAAUUUCAAUUGUAAAAAACAGCCCGAAAAUCAUUGUAACUGUAAAA